GCGUAGGGGGCGGGGCCGGGCGCGCGGCAGGGCGCGAGAGCGCGCCCGCGGCGGCGGUGGCGGCGACUGUGGGGGGGCGGGGAACAUUGGCUAAGGCGACAGUGGAGGCUUAGGCACCGGUGGCGGGCGGCUGCGGCUCCUGGUGCUGCUCGGCGCGCGGCCAGCUUUCUAGUUCGGAACGGAACGCUCGGCGUCGCGGGCCCCGCCCGGAAAGUUUGCCGUGGAGUCGCGACCUCUUGGCCCGCGCGGCCCGGCAUGAAGCGGCGUUAAGGAGCUGCUGCCGCCGCUUGCCGCCGCCGCCGCCGCCGCCGCCGCCGCCGCCUGAGGAGGAGCCGCAGCACCCUGAGCCACGCCGAUGACUACUGCAAACUGUGGCGCCCACGACGAGCUCGACUUCAAACUCGUCUUUGGCGAGGACGGGGCGCCGGCACCGCCGCCCCCGGGCUCGCGGCCUGCAGAUCUUGAGCCAGAUGAUUGUGCAUCCAUUUACAUCUUUAAUGUAGAUCCACCUCCAUCUACUUUAAACACACCACUUUGCUUACCACAUCAUGGAUUACCGUCUCACUCUUCUGUUUUGUCACCAUCGUUUCAGCUCCAAAGUCACAAAAACUAUGAAGGAACUUGUGAGAGUCCUGAAUCUAAAUAUAGCCCAUUAGGUGGUCCCAAACCCUUUGAGUGCCCAAGUAUUCAAAUUACAUCUAUCUCUCCUAACUGUCAUCAAGAAAUAGAUGCACGUGAAGAUGACCUACAGAUAAAUGACCCAGAACGGGAAUUUUUGGAAAGGCCUUCUAGAGAUCAUCUCUAUCUUCCUCUUGAACCAUCCUACCGGGAGUCUUCUCUUAGUCCUAGUCCUGCCAGCAGCAUCUCUUCUAGGAGCUGGUUCUCUGAUGCAUCUUCUUGUGAAUCACUUUCACAUAUUUAUGAUGAUGUAGACUCAGAGUUGAAUGAAGCUGCAGCCCGAUUUACCCUUGGAUCCCCUCUGACUUCUCCUGGUGGCUCUCCAGGGGGCUGCCCUGGAGAAGAAACUUGGCAUCAACAGUAUGGACUUGGACACUCAUUAUCACCCAGGCAAUCUCCUUGCCACUCUCCUAGAUCCAGUGUCACUGAUGAGAAUUGGCUGAGCCCCAGGCCAGCCUCAGGACCCUCAUCAAGGCCCACGUCUCCCUGUGGGAAACGGAGGCACUCCAGUGCUGAAGUUUGUUAUGCUGGGUCCCUUUCACCCCAUCACUCACCUGUUCCUUCUCCUGGUCACUCCCCCAGGGGAAGUGUGACAGAAGAUACCUGGCUGAAUGCUUCUGUCCAUGGUGGGUCAGGCCUUGGCCCUGCAGUUUUUCCAUUUCAGUACUGUGUAGAGACUGACAUCCCUCUGAAAACAAGGAAAACUUCUGAAGAUCAAGCUGCCAUACUACCAGGAAAAUUAGAGCUCUGUUCAGAUGACCAAGGAAGUUUAUCACCAUCCCGGGAGACUUCAAUAGAUGAUGGCCUUGGAUCUCAGUAUCCUUUAAAGAAAGAUUCAUCUGGUGAUCAGUUUCUUUCAGUUCCUUCACCCUUUACCUGGAGCAAACCAAAGCCUGGCCACACCCCUAUAUUUCGCACAUCUUCAUUACCUCCACUAGACUGGCCUUUACCAGCUCAUUUUGGACAAUGUGAACUGAAAAUAGAAGUGCAGCCUAAAACUCAUCAUCGAGCCCAUUAUGAAACUGAAGGUAGCCGAGGGGCAGUAAAAGCAUCUACUGGGGGACAUCCUGUUGUGAAGCUCCUGGGCUAUAACGAAAAGCCGAUAAAUCUACAAAUGUUUAUUGGGACAGCAGAUGAUCGAUAUUUACGACCUCAUGCAUUUUACCAGGUGCAUCGAAUCACUGGGAAGACAGUCGCUACUGCAAGCCAAGAGAUAAUAAUUGCCAGUACAAAAGUUCUGGAAAUUCCACUUCUUCCUGAAAACAAUAUGUCAGCCAGCAUUGAUUGUGCAGGUAUUUUGAAACUCCGCAAUUCAGAUAUAGAACUUCGAAAAGGAGAAACUGAUAUUGGCAGAAAGAAUACUAGAGUACGACUUGUGUUUCGUGUACACAUCCCACAGCCCAAUGGAAAAGUGCUUUCUCUGCAGAUAGCCUCUAUACCCGUUGAGUGCUCCCAGCGGUCUGCUCAAGAACUUCCUCAUAUUGAGAAGUACAGUAUCAACAGUUGUUCUGUAAAUGGAGGUCAUGAAAUGAUUGUGACUGGAUCUAAUUUUCUUCCAGAAUCCAAAAUCAUUUUUCUUGAAAAAGGACAAGAUGGACGACCUCAGUGGGAGGUAGAAGGGAAGAUAAUCAGGGAAAAAUGUCAAGGGGCUCACAUUGUCCUUGAAGUUCCUCCAUAUCAUAACCCAGCAGUUACAGCUGCAGUGCAGGUGCACUUUUAUCUUUGCAAUGGCAAGAGGAAAAAAAGCCAGUCUCAACGUUUUACUUAUACACCAGUUUUGAUGAAGCAAGAACACAGAGAAGAGAUUGAUUUGUCUUCAGUU